AUGGACACGAGUCCUCUGGGAGGAUUAGAUUUGUCUGAACACACUUCUGGUCUACUAGGAGAUCCCACCAUGGCAGCAGGCCUUGCAAAUGUAGGAAAUACAUUUGGAGGUCCACCAAGUUCUUUAGUUUCUAGAUCUAAUAAAUUCCAAAACUCGCCUACAGAAGAUGACGAUGAUGUAGUUUUUAUCGAACCUGUAAAACCACCACAAAAUUCUACAUCCUUGAUAGCAGAUCAAAGGAGCACUGCAUUUACAUCAUCGAAAAAUGAAGAACUUCAAGGGAAUGACUGCAAAAUGCUUUCUUCUCCAAAAGACUUAAAUUCUCAAAAGGGGAGUAUAAGUGAAACUAUUAUUAUUGAUGAUGAAGAAGACACAGAAACAAAUCAAGGGCAGGAGAAGAAUGCUUCCAGUUUUAAUGAACGAAGACUUCCAGAGUGUAAAAAUAGAGCCAACGAUAUGGAAUUCUCAGCUUCCAGUUUUUCAAGAAGUAAGGUAAAUUCAGGAAUAGGUAAUAGUGGUAUAACCACAGAACCAGACUCUGAAAUUCAGAUUGCUAAUGUUACUACCUUAGAAACAGGUGCUAUGAGCUCAGUGAGUGGUCAUUUAGAAAAUGCUGAAGGGCGUGACAUGAACUUAAUGAUUACACAUGUAACAUCACUGCAGAAUGCCAGCUUGGGAGAUGUAUCUAACGGACUGCAGUCAAGUAAUUUUGGUGUUAAUAUACAAACAUACACCCCAUCUUUGACUUCACAGACCAAGACUGGUGUAGGACCUUUCAAUCCUGGUAGAAUGAGUGUGGCUGGAGAUGUAUUUCAAAAUGGAGAAUCUGUGACUCAUCAUAAUCCUGAUUCAUGGAUAUCCCAGUCAGCUUCCUUCCCUAGGAAUCAAAAGCAACCAGGUGUAGAUUCCUUGUCACCUGUAGCAUCACUUCCUAAACAGAUUUUCCAGCCUUCUGCCCAGCAGCAGCCUUCUAAACAGGUUAAAGUCACAUGUGCAAACUGCAAAAAGCCUUUACAAAAGGGACAGACAGCAUAUCAGCGAAAAGGAUCAGCUCACCUUUUUUGUUCUACUACCUGCCUCUCAUCAUUCUCACACAAACCUGCUCCAAAGAAACUUUGCGUUAUGUGCAGAAAAGAUAUAACAACAAUGAAAGGUACCAUUGUUGCUCAAGUUGAUUCAAGUGAGUCUUUCCAGGAAUUCUGCAGUACAUCAUGUUUAUCCUUCUAUGAAGAUAAACAGAAUCCCUCAAAAGGAGUUUUGAAUAAAUCAAGAUGUACUAUCUGUGGUAAACUAACUGAGAUUCGUCAUGAAGUUAGCUUUAAAAAUAUGACUCAUAAGCUGUGCAGUGACCAUUGCUUCAAUAGAUACAGGAUGGCAAAUGGUUUAAUAAUGAAUUGCUGUGAGCAUUGUGGGGAGUAUUUGCCCAGUAAAGGAGCUGGAAAUAAUAUUCUUACUAUUGAUGGUCAGCAGAAACGCUUCUGCUGUCAGAACUGCGUUGGUGAAUACAAGCAGGUAAUAAUACUUCUUCACUUAUAAAUAAAUAAACCCUAAUAUACCUUAGAUUUAUCUUGUUAUUCAUAACAAGGUUU